UAUCACACGGGGGAGAGGACCAGGGCGUGCAAACGUCUCGUUAUCGCCUGUGCUUUAUUUUAAAGGAUACGUCUGUAAAAUGGCUUCAUUGCCCCAAGAAACGUUGCAGGAAAUAGAGAGAGCCAUCACAGAAGCGAAUGUCUUCUGCAAUGCGAGGAAAUACAAGGAGGCGGAAGAUAUUUACAGCAAAUUUAUAGACAGGUUGCCGAAAGACACUGUCGACUCUCUGCUGCCGGAAGAGAAGGCUAAAGUGGCAUUCAUCUAUAACAACCGUGGCCACAGCAGAUACAAGCAGGUGCAGUUUGAAGAGGCCCUGGAUGACUAUUUUUAUGCCAUAUGUCUGAAUCCAAACUUUGCUGUGGCCUACUACAACAGGGGAACCAUCACAUAUCGUCUCUGUGCUGCCAUGCCUGAAGAGAGUGGUGAAAGACAAGCUAUGUGCACCCGAGCUAAAGGUGACUUUUCUGAGGCAGCGAGACUUGACCCAGAGAAUGCUGAAUUCAGAGAAGCUCUCAAUAAUUGCCAUGAUAUACCUAGAGAAUUUGGUGCCAGUGUGUCAUGUGGAGUGGUGUCUCCGUCCGUCAUUAAGUGGACUGUGUAUCCCUUAAGCCUCCUGGUGAAACUCCUCUUCCUUUUGGACAGGGGAGAUUUGACUAGUCAAGAGAGGAGUGACAAGGCAAAGGCAGCAGCUCAAGCUUUUCAUGCCAUAUUGGUGAAUGGGAUUAGCAGUUCUAACCUAGUUGUAAAUGAGCUGCAGAAACGUCUUAGAGUGCUAAUUAAUUAUGGUUUCUUCGAACUGCGAACUGGCACUGAAGCUGCUAAGUACCAUAUUAUUCAACAGGAUAAAGAUCUCCUUUCAUUCAGUGAUGCCUGCCACUAUCUGGGCAUUCGCACAAAUAAUACUUUGGAGGACAAGAUAAGAAAAGUCAGAAGGAAGCUGAGGCUAACACCUGUGGAGAUUACCAGGAACUUCUUCAUACAUUCAGAAAAUCUCUGGAUAAUGAAGAUGGGUGAUUUACUAACUCCUAGACAAGUACACAAAUUUCUGACUAUUAUCCAGGAAAUGGGUCUUUUAUGUAGAUCCUUUGAUCAAUACUUAACUGUAUUUGAAGAAAGCAUGGUGCAGAUUGAUGGAAUGAAGGAAUGUUUAUUCUUUUACAUCAUCCGAUGUCUUGAGUUCAAAGGUACCUACACUAAAACAGUUAAGGAUGUUCUAGAAAAAUUGGAACAAGAAGCAGAGACACAAGGAGAGAAAAAUAUCAUCACAGACAUUACUAAAGAAUUAAGGUGUUAUCCCUCAAAAUGUCACCCUGCAGGAUACUGUAUUAUUUUCUGUGUAACUGGGGACAGAGAUGGAGCAGAGAGCGAAAUAGAGAAAGUUCAGAAAGUAUUUGAUAAAAGUCUAGGAUUCAUCGUUGAAAUACAGAGAGAUCCAAUAAAGAAUACAGUUAAUGCCGUCCUAGAGAAUUUGAAGAGCCCAAAAUAUGGUUUCUAUGAUUCGCUAAUUGUGUGGUUUAUAGGCAGAGGAGGAGAAGAUGAGUUUAAACUUGCAGAUGGCACUUACUACAGUAAGAAGAAGAUAACAAAUGAUUUUUCUGGAUUAAAGACCUUCAGUAAGAAACCAAAGUUAUUCUUCAUGGUUUCAGAUCAAGGGGAAGAAGCAGUACCGGUUAUUAGUCAUGAUAACGUGGAUAAUGGAAACGGAAGGGAAAUAGGAAUCACCAGAAACAGUUCUCCAGACAUCACAGCAGCUCAGGAGAUGGAUUACAUGAUUGCCAGUGUAACUUUGCCAUCUGAGUGCACAUCCAUAUUUAUGUGUAAAGGGUCUCCUUAUGUUCAUAUCGUCUGCAAACAGCUGGAGCAGCACUGUGGGAAGAAUAUAAUGAAAGCCUUUCAAGAGAUUCAUAGAGAAAUUAACUUUAUUCUCUUCACUGAUUUUUUGGAUGGAUUCAUGCGAGCCCGUCACAACUACAGUUUUGCUUUACAAAAGAUGUUUAUUAUUCCCAAAGCCUGUAAACAUAUGUAAAACUGCAUUUAUUACUGUUAUUAAUAUUUACUCCAGCUCUUGACCCAGCCUUAUCUGGUUAGAACAAGCCUGUCCCUGUUUUGUCUAGACCUCCAGCCUCGGACCCUCUUGGGCUGGGCCCAACAUUGCUACCGCUCAAGCCUGAUUCCAGUUUACAUUACCAUGUCUUAUUUACUACUGUGUAUUAUAAUAAUUUACAAAUAAAUGGUCCAUGCUAUAA